UACAGGUGCAACCUUUGGAACAAUCGACCACUUCCUGCCUCUCAGCUCUCCAUCCUCUCCCUUCAAGCUUCUGGGUUGACUCCUCCUGCCCCUUGGGAGAACACCAAUCUGUCAACAAUCCCUUUUGAUGAUUGAUACGAUACGAUUCAUGACCAAAGAGUGCUGUCCUGCAUAAUUCAGUCCUCCCUUUCUCUCUCUUUCUUUUUUGUUCUGCUGUCUUGCUAUUGGGAACAGCAGCCUUCGUUUUGUUUCUUUGACCACACAAUUCGACUUGAAAAUAGCAAACCUGAGCUGUCAGCAAGCUUGGCGCUCUUAAUACUCGCCUUGCAGUCCAUCGCAUCGCAGCGAGUUCUGCCGUCGCGUCGCACCGCAUCGCAUCGCAUCGAAAUCGAAUCGCGCCCGAACCAUCGCGCAGUCUUGAACUUCGCACCCACAGUGAUACCCAUCUGUCCACUCGAAUCCUAUCUUCACAAGCUUCGCCGCCACAGGCAGCCAAUCACCAACACUCUCAAGUCCCUCUCGCAGUCAACAUGGCAUCCAACGGCGCUGCUCGGCAGUACCUGCCCCUGACCUGCCACGGCCACUCGCGCCCUGUCCCCCACAUCAGUUUCUCCAGCCUCGAGAAAGAUGGGGAGUACUUUAUUAUCUCUGCUUGCAAGGAUGGCCACCCUAUCCUCCGACACGGUCGCACCGGCGACUGGAUCGGUACCUUCAUAGGGCACAAGGGCGCCACCUGGCAGGCCAAGCAAAGUCCCGACAACAAGAUCGCUGCCUCUGCCUCCGCCGACUUUUCCACCAAGGUCUGGAACGCUCACACCGGGGAGAUGCUCCUCGUCCUCAAGCACGACCACGUUGUCCGUGCCGUCGCUUUCCCGCUCAACAUUUCCGACAUUCUGGCUACCGGCGGCCACGAGAAGAUUCUUCGCAUCUGGGAUCUCAAGUCGGACGACCACAACGACGCGAGGGUUACCGCUACGACCGACGAGGAGACCAAGCACACCACGUACCACAUCCCGCACGAAAUGGCCCACCAGAUUGGCGAGGUCCACCCUGAUACCAUCAAGUUCAUCGUCUGGCCCCAACAGACCACCAUCAUCACCGCCGCUGGCAAGACCCUUCGCUGGCACAAUGUCUCCUCGCGGAGCCACUACAAGGAGGAAGUCUACGACGGCGAGAUCAAGGCAUGUGAGCUUGUGUCUCUGGCGCCCCAGUUCACGUCGCCAAACGACAUCGGCGGCGGCCUGCCUGUCUUGGCCAUCGCCGCGGGCAAGAAGGUCUCCUUCUACGGCGGCGCCGACUGCACCCAGCUGGUCAAGGAAUUCACACUUCCGCAUGGGGUUGCCAGCGUUGGACUGGACCUCAAGAACCACAAGUUCAUCGUGGGCGAGGAGCCCGGCACGUGGGCCCGCGUGUACGAUUGGGAAGGCCAGGAGAUUGACGUGAUGAAGGGCCAUCACGGACCCAUCUGGUGCAUUCAGUUCUCUCCCGAUGGGAAGCUGUACGCCACUGGAUCCGAGGACGGGACGAUCCGCAUGUGGAAGAAUUGCGAAGAGGACUACGGCCUCUGGCGCGAACGAGGAACGGUUACCGCGGAGAAGGUGGAGUAGGAUCACCGACCUCUCCCGUGGAGCCCCCUGGCGGAGAAUGAACCUCCACCUGAGGCAGCAGCCGGUGGUCAACAACGCCCCCCGGCGCGAUUGGGCAGCACUGGCGGAGGCUCAGCCACGCCCUUGGGUGAAAUAUCUGUCAAUGUCGCCAAAGUCCCGGCGGCAGCCUAUCGAGGGCCCCAGCAACCAUCCGACUCGCAACAGGACAGCGAACUGUCGACUCACUGGAAAACAAUCUUGUCACCGGUGACGGAGGAAUCGCCCAGCCCACGAAAGAAGAAGCGCGCUGAGGAGGACCUCCUUGUAAGCUACUCGCCCCGUAAACCUGCAACUCGGCCGGUGAGCCCUGGCAGCCUCAAGAUGCAGAAUUUCUUGCGGAGACUGGAGCGGCAGGGACUCUCUCAUGACUAGCUGGCUGGCGGGACAAUUGCAUCUCUAUGUACCAUUGUCGCAUUUCUGGCAGCGAGCACCCCGGAGGAAGUUGAACAGCCUCGGUCAAUUACCGCAACUUCAGGACACAUCUUAGACCUGUAAUCAUGUCUUGCCUCCCAUGACUUCUCAUCUUUGCUGGUGAGUGAGGCUACUUUUAUGGACCUUAUUCAGGUACUCGAAAUAGAAAACAAGAAACAUUUUCCCUCA